UACACCCCGCGACGUCCAGAACCUUCCGAGCUCCACCCCGCCACGAACGCGCCCCGCGGUCUAGAACGUUCCAUUCCCCUCCUGACCAGUCGCGUACAAAGGUCAAGCUGGUAUUUAUCGCCGCCGCACCGCCACUCUCGUAGCACAGAGGCCUUCUCUUCCCGUGCGCGCCGCGCCACGCCACGCCACGCCACGAGUGGCUCAGAGCACUGUAGCACGAGCGACGACUGUUAAUUCUUGGUUCUCGGGAUCGCCAGCGCUGGAUUCGACGAUCGCAGCGGAAUUCGCCUGGGGAUCGUUGCUUGGCUGCGGCUCAUCCGGGGGCAGAAAAGGCUCGGCGUCUGGGUUGGUUGGUGGGUGGCGGUGGCACGAUGGACCACCCACUGCUGCCGGGGAUGGUGACGGUGAAGGAGGAGUGGCCGCCGGGCUCACCGCCGCCGGAGGAGGAGGUGGAGGACAUGGACGCGGAGGGGGCGCCGCGGCCGAUGGAGGGGCUGCACGAGGUUGGGCCGCCGCCGUUCCUGACCAAGACGUUCGACCUGGUGGCGGACCCGGCCACCGACCAGGUCGUCUCGUGGGGGCGCGCCGGCAACAGCUUCGUCGUGUGGGAUCCUCACGUGUUCGCCGCCGUGCUGCUCCCCAGGUUCUUCAAGCACAACAACUUCUCCAGCUUCGUCCGCCAGCUCAACACCUAUGGUUUCAGAAAGAUCGAUCCGGACAGAUGGGAGUUCGCGAACGAAGGUUUCCUGAGGGGGCAGAGGCAGCUCCUGAGGCUGAUCAAGCGGCGGCGGCCGCCGUCCUACCUCCCCGGAUCACAGCAGCAGCAGCAGCAGCAGGCGGCCCAGCUGGGGACAUGCCUGGAGGUGGGCCAGUUCGGCGGCCUGGACGAGGAGAUCGACCGGCUCAAGCGCGACAAGAACAUCCUGCUGGCGGAGGUGGUGAAGCUGCGGCAGGAGCAGCAGAGCACGCGGGCGGACAUGGCGGCCAUGGAGGCGCGGCUGCAGCACGCGGAGCACAAGCAGGUGCAGAUGAUGGGGUUCCUGGCGCGGGCGAUGCAGAGCCCGGACUUCUUCCAGCAGCUGCUCCAGCACCAGGACCGGAGGAAGGAGCUCGAGGACGCCGUCUCGAGGAAGCGGCGGCGGCCCAUCGACGCCGCGCCGUCGCUCGCCGGUGGCGAGGCCAGUGGGUGCCCGCGUCAUCAGGACGAGCUGCUGUUCCGGCCGGGCGGGUUCGAGGUGCUGGGGAGCGGCGAGCCGGGGACCUCGGAGCUGGAGAACCUGGCGCUCAACAUCCAGGGCCUCGGGAAGCGGAAGCAGGACGAGAAGGAGGCCCAGGGCGGCUUGGCAGCGGAGCUGACCGACGACUUCUGGGAGGAGCUGCUGAGCGAAGGGAUGAGGGGCGGGCAUGCCUGGACGGCGGUGCCGCUCGUGCCGACAGAUAUGGAGAGGAGGCAACGGCCGCCGGGCCGGUACGUGGACGCGCUGGCGCAGAGGAUUAGCUCCAUGAGCAAUAGCACCGCGAAGUAGGCAGAGGCGGCGGGUGGCGCUCGCGUCGUGGCCGUAGUUCGUGAAUCAAAUUGACCCUCCGAUUCGUCGAGAGCCAACGUUAGUGGCAGCUCCAUUGCUGUGGCAGUGUUCUUGCACACUGUACGUACAGUGCCGUGCUGUAGGCUUGUAGCGAUGGAUGGCCGGCGGCGUAGUAUUUCGGAGUCGCCGGAUCCUUGGUUGUAGUAGUGCAUAUAUGAGCCACGAUUCUUAAUUGUGAUCAUUAGUUGCAUUCUUUUAGCUCUCGUUGCAUCUGUCUAGAACUCUUCAUGCAUCGGUGGUGAUCUCUGGUUUGGGUUUGUAA